GACCACGUGCACACGUCACAUGACGCACAGCCUUACCUUUCGUGAGCUUUUACUUUUCCGCAUCUGUCUGUGUUUGUUCACUCGCUAACUUUAGCCAUGUUUCCACCAGUUUAGUUUACUUGUCUUGCAUGUAGCAGCAGGUCGUGUGUCUUGUGUGACAGUCGGCUGGACUGCUGUGUCUCAUGCUGGUUCUUGUGGAAACAGUGUCAUUUCCCAUUCAGAAACAAGAGAAGAAGCAAGCUAGCCUGUCGUAAGUUGCUAACAGCUGGUUAGCUUUCAAGAGAAUAACGUCGCUGGGAGGCAGCCAACCAGGCACUAAGCUUCUAUGAGCUACGCCUGCGUGUCCCGAUCAGAGGAUGUAUCCACCUUCCAGAAAGGACUUCAUCUCUCUGACACUCAGUGAUCCACACAGCCACGCAUACAAUAACGGCAAGCACCGGAGACAGUCCUGCUGGAGGAAAUGGAAGCAGCUGUCUCGGCUACAGCGAAGCCUCAUCCUCUUCCUGCUGGCUCUGCUGCUCAUAUUUGGACUGCUCUCUUUUCCCAGUAUCACAGAGCAGUGGGGAGGGUCAGCUGACAGGGAGGACUGGCUGGAGCUGAAUGACAGAGAGUUGAAGACCAUUCUUCCAGGUGUGAAGUCUGUAUUGGGUCAUGCUGCAGGUAAAGCUCCUGCUCCUGCUGCAGGGCCACAUGUGAGGCCACCCUUGGGGCCUGAGGUGGGUCCAGAAGUGGGUCCAGAUGCUGUGGUGGAGCCCAAAGGGCCGAACAUUCCCCUGUUGCCUAAACCUCCCACUAAGAAAAAGGCAUUCCCAAACAAAAGAGGUCCACCAGGCAUGCAGAAAGAUGUGAACACAGUUCUGUCAGACGUAGUUGGUGGGGAAAAGCAAGAGCAAGAGGUGGGUCAAGAUGGAGAAGGAGAGGCGGAGGACAAAGAAAAGAAGAUUGUCAGCUGGAGAGGGGCAAUGAUCGAAGCCGACCAAGCCACAGAACCACCACCCUCGGCCGAAGAGAAAGAAGCUGCUCCCCCCGCAGCCCCAGUCAACUCUGUUAGCACAGUCACGCAGAAAGUUGCAGCUGGAAAUGUGGACAGAUUGGAGGCAGUACGUGAUGCCUUCAGGCAUGCUUGGAAAGGCUACAAGGACUACGCCUGGGGUCACGAUGAGCUCAAGCCCAUCUCAAAGUCCUUUAGCGAGUGGUUCGGACUGGGUUUGACCCUCAUUGAUUCUCUAGACACCAUGUGGAUUAUGGGCCUGAAAGAAGAGUUUUCAGAAGCAAAGAACUGGGUAGAAAAAGAGCUCUCCUUCAACAAGAAUGUGGAUGUGAAUCUUUUCGAAACAACCAUCCGUGUCCUUGGGGGCUUGCUGAGCACCUACCAUUUAACAGGAGACCAACUCUUCCUAGAGAAAGCUAAAGACCUCGGGUCCAGGUUGAUGCCUGCCUUCAAAACUCCCUCAAAGAUCCCCUUCUCAGAUGUCAACAUCGGGAAGGGAACAGCCCACCCUCCUCGAUGGACUUCAGACAGCACUCUGGCUGAGGUCACAAGCAUUCAGUUGGAAUUCAGAGAGCUGAGUCACCUCACCAAGGAGCCACAUUACCAGGAGGCUGUGAAUGAAGUAAUGAAUCUGGUCCACAAGCUGCCAGGCAAACAAGACGGCCUGGUGCCCAUGUUUGUCAACACCAACAGCGGACAGUUCACCCACAAAGGAGUCUUCACACUUGGCGCCCGGGCAGACAGCUACUAUGAAUACCUGCUCAAACAGUGGAUCCAGGGAGGCAAGACAGAAGACCAACUGUUGGAGGACUACCUUCAGGCCAUCGAGGGGGUGAAAAAACACCUUGUGAAGAAGACGGGGCCCAGCAGAUUGACCUUUGUUGGGGAGUUGUCCCAUAGCCGUUUCAACCCCAAGAUGGACCACCUUGUAUGCUUCCUGCCUGGGACUUUGGCACUGGGGGCCCACAAUGGCCUUCCAGGGGACCACAUGGAUCUGGCUGUGGAGCUGAUGGAGACAUGUCACCAGAUGUACAAACAGAUGGAGACUGGGUUGAGCCCAGAGAUUGUACACUUUAACUUGCAGGCUAGUGAUGGCCGUGACGUUGUUGUCAAGCCCGCAGACAGACACAACCUGCUGAGACCAGAAACAGUAGAAAGUCUGUUCUACAUGUACAGAUUAACUAAGGACAGCAAGUACAGAGACUGGGGAUGGGACAUACUGCAGAGCUUCAAUAACUACACUAAGGUGUCCGGUGGUGGCUACACGUCUAUUAGCAAUGUCCGUGACCCCGUUAACCCCGGGCCCCGGGACAAGAUGGAGAGCUUCUUCCUGGGUGAGACUCUGAAGUACUUGUAUCUGCUCUUCUCCAACGACAUGGAACUGCUCAAUCUAGACAAGUAUAUCUUCAACACAGAGGCCCAUCCUUUCCCCAUAUGGCCCUCCCCUCCCAAAUGAUGUCACCUCACAGGAGAGGCCUGUAGAGAUUAGGCCCAUUAGUCCUGUUUGAGUCAAAGACUGUUGCUGCUGCUGAGUCAGGCCCGUCUCCUAAGCAACCGUCAACACUUGACUGCUGCGUUGAGCAGUAAAGCAGAUCUGUGCGUGUGUUAGUUAUGUUUCAAUGUGGAGGAGAUUUUUUUUUUUUCCUUUUUCUUUAUUUUUCCUAAGGAAAAGGUUUGUGUUAGAGCUGGUCUCUAAUGUAAAAAACUUUUUUAAAAUCAGCUGUGACUGGGUGGAGCUAACAGAUAAGACUAGAUAGUGUUAGAUAUGGCUUUAUUACUUGGGUGAGUGGGAGUUUUCUUUUAUGUAUGUAUGCGCUGACAGCAUCCAUGUCUUCCCUGAGUGUGUCUUUGCUUCGUGGGGUGAGGUGAGCCCACAGCCAGGUGUCAUAGUUGUGAACAAAUCCACAUAGUCCUUCUGUUAACUCACAGGUGUUUGAAGCUAAACAGUUCUCUCAUGGAGAAAUCACACAUUGUUUGUCUUUGCUUUAACAACACAAAAAAUGACAAACAAAGUCAAGUUUUGCUUUUGAAUCCCUUGUGGGACAUCUGUCCCCUGUAUUGUUCCAUCCUAAGUGUCUCGGAACAGUGGGCAGCUACAGUGCAGCACCCGGGGACCACUUCCAGGUCUGAGGCCAGUGCCUUGUUCAAAAAUAAAGGCAGAGUAUUCCUAAUACAUAACAUGUCAUGUUUUUAUUUCAAUAAAGAAUGUAAAGUAUUAGGAUGUUUAUGGUCAGCCAUAGUAAACAAACUGCACGGAUACUGUCAUUUAAAACCUUGAUGAUGUGAUGUGUAUGCAUGUCAGUCUGUUUUGGUAUAUGUGUAUGGGGGGGUCGAGGCCACAUGAAAACACAGGCUAAAUUGGUUAUUUUCCCAGUAACAAUAUUGUAUUCUGAAGCCCAGAAUGCGCUACACUUUCAGUUAUUUAAAAUAGAUUACUUACUUGGCAUCACUGUUGUAAAUGUUAUCAGUGAUUCAUUUUCAUGCUGAAAGAUAAAAGGUUAAAUGUGGAAAAACUUACUGCACAUUCACACCUCUUGUGAUUUUAAAGGGAAAGCUGUUUUUUUAUUUACUGUUCAUUUAGUGUGCCAGUGAAUUGUCAC